AUGAAUAGAGGCGCGAUUUCUGAGAAAAACAAACAAACAAACAAACAAACCCCCCCGUUUAUGGUUGGCUCCGAUACACCACGAAUGGGUGGUUUGAUUUUGUUUCGCAUGUCACGUAAAAGUUUUCUUUUUUUGAUGGUUUUUUUUUUAUGGUUGACAUUUUUUUGUACGCAACUGUUUCUAUUGAAACAUGUUGAAAAUGCCGAGUAUCGUACGGAAUUUCAACCAAUUUCUUCCACCGUUAUUCAAGUGACCCAACCUCUAAAUGGCGAUGGAGUGCAGGAAAAAUCUUGUGUUUUGCGGACAGUGGAAAAGUACACCCGUUACGCUGCGGAGGCCGUUGCUGCUGCAGGGAAAAUUCAACAUCGUAGUCGACUGCGGAUCGCCGCCUUUACGCGCUUGUGGAUUGCACCCAUUCACAAGUCCGGUGGCAUGCAACUUCAUGCCUUUCAAAUUUACUCUCAAUUAGCUGCACGGGGCCAUUACGUCCAUGUCUUUGUCACAGGUCCUCCUGGAAACUAUAGGCGUGAGUUGAUGUACUGUGCCGACCCAGAAAACAACACGGCAAGGGUAUGUAAAAACCCCGAGGCACGGUUGGUGGUGCAGCAAGUACCCUCUUCCGAAAAUAUGGGGUACAGUGUAGCGUGGAUGAAUAAUUGUGUUAAGGCAUUCAACAUUCUUCACACCAAACAGCCUUUUGACGUGGUACACAGUGAGAGUUGGGCAGCCGUGCCGAACAUCUACCAGCUAAGACUUCCGUUUGCUGUAACCUGGCAUGGCUCCAUGCUUGACUGGUUUCGUAAUGAGUUGAACCGUAUUGCGCACAACUAUCGUGUGGGGCGCAAGGCACCAGGGAGGGAAAUGUGGAAACGCAUGCGGGAUCUUGCGAAGGCGGUGGCAAUGGAGGAGUACAUGCUCCUGACGAUCCCUCAACAUAUUGUUAUAUCCGACACGGCUGAGCGGGAUCUGGUGGAAAUGCAACACGUGCCCCGGGAACGGAUUGCAUUGAUUUAUAACGGUGUUAACACCGGCAUCUUUCAUUCACGUGAGGGAACAUGGAUGCGUGAUGCAUUUUUGCGGAGUCAUGGGGUGCCGCCGGAACAUUUUGUCGUGGGAUGUGGCGGCCGACUGGUGGAAAUAAAAGGGCACCUGCAGUUAUCUCAUGCGAUGCGCCACAUUAUGGAACAGUACAGAAACGUGACGCUUCUUGUUACCGGCGAGGGUGCGAUGGGGAAUAUUUAUGCUUCCAUGCGCAUGGAGGGGCUCUCUGUCGUUCAGCUGGGAAUGCUCUCUCAGGAGGAACUUGGAACUUUCUAUCAUGCAAUUGACGUGUUUGUAGAUCCCUUCUACCAGCAUCACGGUUUGAACACGGUGAUGAUUGAGGCAGCUUUGUCCGAGGUGCCACUUGUUGUGACCGCCCUUGGCGGCGCAUUGUCGGUGGUACCGUGUACAGAUUACGGUCGCCUGUUUACUGUUGGCGAUGUGAUGGGGUUGGCGCGGGAGAUUCUUUACUACAUGCUUCAUCCUGACGAGGCCAAGGCAACAGCACGUCGAGCCCGCGAACGUGCUAUGAAAUUAUUCAGCAGUAACGUCAUGGUAAUGCACUACGAGAGUUUGUUAUAUCGUUUGGUGGAUCAUCCACCAACUUUGCCAAACAUGACAGGUGAUGUUGUAUGUAUACCUGUAUACCCGGCCCUUUGCUACCGCGAAGUAUCGUAG